UCCCAAAUUUCCCCAGCUGAAACCCCUAAUUUUUCCCCUCUUCUUCGCAGUCUAUGAGCAUUUCGCUUCUUCACCCUUUUCAAACUCAUUUCUUUCUCCUCUUCUUUCUUUUUCUCGGAUCUUCUUUCUCCCUCUCUCCAAAGUUCUUCGAUUCUUUCCGUCUCCUUUCCGCUCGCUCUCUGGUAAUUUCAUCUUUUCGAACAGGGCCGGUCUAGCCAAUCUCUACCAGGACGGUUUAAUGUUGACCUUCGAGGGUCAAAAGAUCCAAGGCUCUCAGAGCAUCGUCGCUAAACUCAGCAGCCUUCCUUUCCAGUGGUGUCAGCACAGCAUCACCGCCGUCGAUUGUCAGCCCUCCGGCGUUGGCGGCAUGCUGGUUUUCGUCAGUGGUACCCUCCAACUCGUCAGUGGUUUCUAUUCGUAGAUUCGUAUGGAAACUCCAUCUGGGAUUAAGGACUCCAUUCCUGCUUGGAUCAAGUUCUCAGUUCAAGCACCGGGUGAAAUCCCAAACAAUGGAAUAUACUAUGAUCCGCCAGAAGAGCCAUGCUUCCAAUAAGAUGCCAUUGGUUGUUCGCUAAAAUAAAGAGAUAAAAAAAAAGGUUGAAGAAGGUGAAGAAUCUCUGUUUCAGUUUCUUUUUCUGUCUUUGCUUAAAAAAAAUCUUUUUUCUCAUGAGUAUUAAAUUGCUCUAACAGAAGGAAAUGUGAAUGUUUGAUUUAAUGGCAUUCAAACAUGUUGAUGCAUUUGUGUUUUCCUGCUGUUCUGUAUGUCUGUAGUGAUAGUCUCAGCAAGGAAGCCAGAGUUCUUCCAAAUGUCACACCCAUUAUAUGAGGUUGUGACUGGUGAGGGCUUAAUGCGUCCAUGCUUCAAGACUCGUACAGAGGUUUGUACUCGGGGGAAAGUGCUCAGAUGGUUGAGAAUUCCCUAAAUAUCCAUGGAGAUGAGAUUCUUUAUGUUGGUGACCAUAUUUACACUGAUGUAAGUCAAUCCAAAGUCCAUUUACGAUGGCGAACUGCAUUGAUUUGUCGAGAAUUGGAGGAAGAGUAUAAGGCUUUAAUACAUAGUCGUGGUCCUCGUGCAACUGUGGUAGAGCUUAUAAAUCAAAAGGAGGUUGUAGGGGAUCUCUUUAACCAACUACGGUUGGCUCUGCAAUGCCGAACCAAAGGACGCCCAGCUCAGACACUUGCUGCAACUAACAUGGAUGACCGAGAACUGACAGAGAGCAUGCAGAAGCUGCUUAUUGUUAUGCAAAGGCUUCAGUACAGUCUUCUCCUUGCACAACUUUUUGCCCAGCAUGGAAUGUCUAAAGUUGGAGAGGAGUUCAUGGCAGGGGUUUUAGGUCAUCUUCCCGCAAUUUUGGCAUUCACAGCACCACUUCCAAAUAGUUAUGAUCGCAUACAACCUAAUACAUGGAGUGGAGCAUAUCAAUGCUGGGGCAAAGAAAACAGAGAAGCACAUUGUAUUUUUUAUUACCUUGCAAUGUGUAUAGUCAUAGGCAAGUUCAACUAGUCAGUCUGUUUCUCAUAUGUAUUAUUUAUUUUAGUUUUGAUUCUAAAUUUUUAUUUUUACUUUAAUAUUUACGACAACUUGAGUUCUAA